AUGCAAAAAUUUGUCCCAGCUCACGGGCCUGUCAGCGAAAAAGCGGUAGAGCAGCUUUUGGACAUCCUGAGCGGCGUUGAGCGGCUGAUUGUCCUUACUGGAGCAGGAAUAUCAACAGAAUCAGGGAUCCCAGAUUAUCGCUCGCCGAAAAUCGGCGCCUAUGAGCGACACAAUUAUAAACCGGUGAUGUGGCAGGAUUUUUCGAAGAAGCAUCAUGUUAGGCAAAGAUUCUGGGCCCGUAAUUUCUUGGCGUGGCCUCGUUUUCGGGAUGCACAACCAAAUUCGAUACAUAAGAAUCUGGCCAUAUGGGAGCGUUCGGAUCGUUUUCAUUGGUUGUUGACACAAAAUGUGGAUGGAUUACAUAGCAAGGCUGGUUCCGAAUGGGUCACCGAAUUACAUGGUUGUGGGCAUCGUGUCGUCUGCCCGUCUUGUAGUAAUGCACUAUCUAGGGAAGAAUUUCAAGAGCGAUUGGCCGAACUAAACCCAAGAUGGGUUGGACAAUCCACCCCCGGCGAGAUCCGCCCUGACGGCGACAUCCAAAUUGCUGACGGUGCCGAAAAAGAAUUUAAUUUACUGGAUUGCGAAGAGUGUGGUAACUUCAUGAAAACUGAUGUCGUUUUCUUCGGGGAAAAUGUCCAUCCAAAAGUGAUGGCCAAAGCUAAUCAAAUGAUGGACGAAUCCGAUGGUCUACUCGUACUUGGCUCCUCACUCCAAGUAAUGACCGGCUACCGCUUUGCAUAUACUGCUAAGGCUCGACAAAUCCCCUUUGUUAUUGUUAACAUAGGGCCCACCCGUGCAGACCCGAUUUGUGAUUUAAAGAUUGAGGCGAAAUGUUCGGAUAUUGUGUCUAGGAUC